AUGCACAUCCAUCUUUCUCAGAAUGCAAUCGAGCGUCUGUCAAAGGUUGCAGAGAACCCUCAUAUAAGGCAGCACGAUCAGCCGCUGGUCAUCGAGGACCCUGAAGAUAACUUGUUUGGCCGUGAAAUUUCAUGGGCAAGAUGUCCUUCUGGUCAUCUUGCUGUACCUCAAAAAGCAAUUCAGCAGUGGCAAACAGUGCUGAGUCGCCUAGUGAAUUGUAAAGAAUUUGAAAUACGCCGCGAGCAUUCCUUUGAAUCUUCCGAUUUUUCCAGUCUGAGGUCCAAUGAUGCUAUUACAGACGUCCUCAGUAUCAUUUCCAAUUUAUCUAUUCCUGUGUCAGCUUUUGCCAUUCAUUUCAAGCCCAAGGGCACGAUAGGCAACAACCACCUGGAAAUGGAGUGCAUUUGCCCCCUGGAUCUUCGAAAGCCAGGAUUUACCGCCGCCUGGGCCCAUAUACAAGACCUCAGUCUUCAAUACACGAUGGGAUCAGAUGAUACGAGCGCAGCUUUACAGAGCGCCGGCUGGACCGUCGAAUUGGUGCAAUAUCCCGCAAGGCUCAUUAAAUUGGAUCUCAACUUCGACCUUGGGGACCAAGCAGAUUCGAUUAUCCACCGCCUAUCCACUCUCAGUUCAUUGUGCCAGCUGCAAGAACUGACGUUGGAAAGCUUCAGCCUAGUAUCCGAGGAAGCACUUCCAGAACUCCUGUACACGGUUCGCAAAUGUCUACAAACUGUAUCAUUCUCCUUUUCUACUCUGCCUGAUGAAUGUUGGAUUUCAAUUCUCAAAAGUUUGGGUAGUAAAUUCCCAUCGCUGAAGAGCAUCAACUUGCAACUCCUGACAGGAACAAACAAAGGUCCGCUCCAUUUCCCCAGACUCUCGGAAAGCCUAGAUGUCGACGAGGACACAAGCUUUACUGUUGUCCAAAAAAAGCCCCGCGGGGGGCAUUUGAACACGACUGUUGGUUACUCAGGCCCGAGUAUGGGUAAAGCGAUGUGGAUACUUGUGGAAUGUGCUACCUUCGACUAA